AUGACUACUCAUUUUUCUUCAUUGGAAUAUGCUCAAGUUCAAUCGUACCAGGUUGUGCAUGAACAUGAUUCCCACGGCCCCGUGAAUGUUUCCGAUGACCACAACACCUUUUAUUCUUCAUCGUACAAUCCGAUUCCAAGCCCUACUCGUAAUGAUGACGCGACAACAUGCAAAAGGAAAGCGCGUGAGAUGAACGCGCCACCAAACUGGACGCACUACAGGGGCGUGAGGCGGAGGCCUUGGGGGAAGUUCGCAGCUGAGAUAUGGGAUCCAAAGAAGAAGCGUGGAAGGGUGUGGCUUGGGACAUAUGACACUGAAGAGGAUGCAGGUUUGGCUUAUGAUAGAGCUGCUUUUAAAAUGAGAGGUAGUAAGGCCAAGUUAAAUUUUCCACACCUCAUUGGAUCCCACGCGCCGCCAGAGACGGCGAGAGUGGCUGCGGCUUCGGAGACAAACUCGCCGGAGCCUUGUCUGCCUGUGUCGGAGGAUAGUUCACGGCCACAGGGUUCAAAUAAGAGAAGGAACCUAGCUGAUUUGCUUAAUAGGUUAGCCAAGAAUAGAACCAAAGUGUGUGUUUGA